GCGCGCUCUCUCUCUCUCUCUCUCUCUCUCUUCCUUUUUCUCUCUGUCUCAUAAAACCUCCCUGCUUCGUGGCAUCGAUGGCUGUCUUUAUUGCGGGCGAUCUUCGUUUCUGUGAAUAUGGCGGGGGUAUGGCUGAUUGUGCGAAUGACCGUGGGCAACAGGUUACUUUGCGCGCUGUCGAAAGCUGCGGUGGUGACAUGACGAGCAACGCAGAGUAUAUAAUACUGGUGGUUGGGAGUUACGGUGCUUACUUUCGAUUGACCAAGGAUGAGGUUGACCGUAGGUUUCCUUGUAUCAUUGUCUACACACCAGACCCCGUGCCCGAAGAGGAUACGAUCUCCUUGGUAAGGAAGAUGAAGGAGCAGUUGGAUCUUCCAGUGUUAGCCAUUGCCGACAGUAAUCCACGGUCGGUGAAGAAUUUCUCUCUUUUCGUAGCAGGAGGAUGCGACAUAAAGUGGUUGGGACUCCGGCCUAGUGAUGUGGAGGCGUUAAAAAUGCAUCCACGGUGUAUGCGGCCCAUGAAUAGCAAGGAUCUUAAGCUAGCGCAACGUCUCUUGGAAAAAGAUGCAGUCGUGAAGCAACGUCCGCAAUGGGUUGAGGAGCUCAAGAAAAUGGUGGAGAUCCGCAGCAAAGUAGAAGUGGACGCAUUGUCCCCCUUAGGGAGGAGCUUCUUGUCCAACGUUUAUUUUCCAGACAAGAUGGAAGCACAAGAUUGGAUAUGACUCACUCACUAGUACUCAUAUAUAGCUAGCUACCUUAAUUAUUACUAGUUAAAUAUGGUAAUAAAUGACCCUCUGAGGCUGUAUCACCGGCAACUGUGCUACCUCGAGUGGCUUUUGAAGACAUCAAACUUGGUGACGUCCAUAUUUCCAAGGGGGAUAAGCCCUCUUACUAGCUACUUUUGCAGCUUGAUUGUGAAGUUGGAAGCACAAGGAAAGCUUAUAUAAAUUGCAAUGGUGUUGGAGCUCAUAUGACAUUAGUAUGACUAUAUGAGUGUUAAUAUAUAUAUAUAUGGAUUAUACUUUAUUUAUGAAUCGUAUUGUUGGAAGUCGUACGGAUGAUAUUUGGCGUGUUGCAGGAAAUGACAUAAACUUGG